UCAAGUUCAAUUGGGACAGAAACGGAGAGGGAAGUCCCUGCGUCUCCACUCAUGUAACCCGGACUAAAAAACCACCAAAGUAAGCCAUGCAUACCGUGGGCAGGUCGUGGCUGCUGCUCACAGGCUUCGUGCUGUUCUACGUCAUCUACCUGCUGGUCGGAGCUCUGGUCUUCUCCAGCGUGGAGCGGCCGGUGGAGGAGCAGCUCCGGGAGGAGGUGGAGGUCCUGAAGCAGGAGUUCCUCAACCACAGCUGCGUCAACGCCGCGUCUCUCGACAGCUUUCUGCUCAAAGUCCUGAAGGCCAACAAGUACGGAGUCUCCGUCCUCAGGAACUCCUCCGUGGCCUCCAACUGGGACCUGGCAUCCUCCAUGUUCUUCGCCAACACUCUGGUCACCACCGUGGGUUACGGCCACACCACUCCCCUGUCCGACAAUGGAAAGGCUUUCUCCAUCCUCUACGCCCUGAUAGGAGUCCCCUUCACCAUGCUGGUGCUCACCGCCUGCGUCCAGAGGAUCAUGCACCCUCUGGUCCUCGCUCCCGUCGGCCUCCUGCAGCGCUGCGGCAUGCAGCCCCGGCCGGCCACCGUAGUCCACUUCGUGCUGCUGCUGGUCCUGGUGGUGCUGUGCUUCUUCGUGGCGCCGGCGGCCGUGUUCAGCGCGUUGGAGCCGGCCUGGUCCUUCUUGGACGGCAUCUACUUCUGUUUCAUCUCGCUGUGCACCAUCGGACUGGGAGAUUUCGUUCCGGCGACACAGCCCGGGCAGAAGUACAGGGCGCUGUACCAGGUCUCUGUCAUGGUCUACCUGUUCGUGGGUUUGAUGAUGAUGUUCCUCCUGCUGCGCACCAUCCACAAGAUGGCCGACCUGCACGGCUGGACCACCUUCCUGCAGCUGCCGCGCUGCGAGGAGUCCGACAUGGACGAAGACCGGGAGCCCAUCGUGGAGGACGGACACGAGGCUCAGACGCCCCCUUUCCUGACGGAGAAAGAGUCCAGCAAGCCCCUGGAGCCCGGAUCACAGCCCUCGUACAACACCAUCAACACAGGCUGAGCUGUGGACGGAGGGAAGAAGAAGGAACAAAAGCUCUACCUCUGGGCUGAAUCUGAAUUCUUGUCUUUAUUUGUUCAUUUUGUCAUCUUCAGUCACAAAAAAAACAAAACACCCAGGUCCUUUUUUAUAUUUUACACCUGCACAUCAUGAGGAAAACCCCUCCACACUAUAGACCAGACCGUCAACUCAUAUUUACAGCCAGGGCUGGCCUUCAACACUUGAAUGCAUUUUCAUAAACAUGAAUGAUCGCAACUGCAGUAAAAUGACACAAGAGUCUGUAAAAACUUUAGAUUGCUUCCUCAAAGUGAGUCCUUUUUAAAAAACGAAGAGAUGUUAACUGGAACGUGUCUGAUCGGAUUUCCUGUGUAAGAGCAGUGACUUUCCUGUGACUGAUGUCGGCCUUGAAGACUACAGAAACCACAGACCAGCAGUGGGUUUGCCCCAGGACACAGGCACAUGGGCUGCUCUCCUUUUACGGUGCUGCCCCCUAAUGUUACUACAUGUUACUACACCUCCAGAAGAGUAAUAAAACGGGGUCAAAGGGUUGGAACCGAGGGAUCUAGGAAGAGAGAAAUUUUUUUAAUGAGUGUUACUAAUAAGUGUUUCAUUGCAGAGAGUGAGGAAGUGAUUAAUUUCAAUGAAAAAAGCAUAUGUUGUCGAACAAGGCAUGUUAUGUGUGGUUUAGAGAUCGUGAACACUUGAAAUGCACUUUAUCGUUCGCAUCAGUGAUUUUUCUUUUACCAUCGGCAAGUUGUAGUUGAAUAAGUACUUAUUAUAUCCUGAUACUGUAAAUACUAAGUUGUGUCCGUUUAUGUUGGGGCGUUGUUUGUAGUUUAGUCCUAUUAGUUUAACAUGUUUUCACAUUGGAGAACUAUAAAUUAAAAUAACUUUCCCCUGUGUUUAUUAUGUCAUCAUGUUGGUUCUCUUAAGCAUGUCAUCCUUGGUUUUUGGGGAUUUGAUCUACAAAUGUUGUGUAGUUGAUAUCUGCCUCAGAGUCAGAGCACGGAAGUGUGUCUGUAAUCGUGAUAACACCCAAAUGAAAACGUCUGAAGUGUUUUACAGGAUAGCAGGUCCGCCUGAAACUGCCUCAAAACUGAAACAUCUAUUUGGAGACUUUCAAAACUGUUACGAAAUAUACUGCUUUCACUUUCAUCAUGGUUCUCUAAAUACACUUCAGCUGCUUUCCUUCGGGGACAUAAAUGGAACGCAGCAUUAGAUGACGGAGUUUGUUUGUGUGCAGCUUCGAUCAUUCCCAAAGCUAUCAACCGUAUAAUGUACUUUAUUUAAUACA